CGGCGAAUUUAAUGAAUACUCACUAAAUGUCAUAUAUGUCAAUUAAAGGUAUAUUUCACAGUUUUCUAAGUUACCAACGUAUUUUUGCUUGGGUUGCGUAGGCCAACCUUUCGAUAUGUAAUUUCCAAAUACUAUUUAAUGAAAGUUUAUCAAUAACUCCUAUUUAUAAGUUAUGAACGGACGGAGCCUCAGCAUGAAGAAUCCGCACUUGUAUCCCUAUCAUCUGAGAGGUGAACACGGUGUUGUAGAAAUUAGCUUGGAGUCGCAAAAUAGCUCGCAGAGAGGUUCAACUUGCUUGCUUCUUUAAUAUUUCCCUCACCGCUAUCGUUUGCUUUGCCUGUUUCGGCUCAAAUACAUGACACUCACAUCAGAACAACACUUUUAUUUACGAGAAGGCUUUACCACAAAUGAAUAGAGCGGACUUGUUGAUGUUUACUCUCAGUUCCUGCAUGUUUGGUCUGUUGCUGGUGUGUUGUUGUCUUGCGGGCAGUAUCAGCCAUCACAAAAGAUCACAAAUGGACAAACUAAAACAAAACCAGACAAAUUAUAUGUUUUCCUGCUGUGUAUUCCCCAGUGUUCAUGCGCAGUAGACAGCAGAGCGACUUAUUUCGGCGAGGAGUCAUUUCUCUUAGCAACGGCUGUGUUUACAUCAAGUCAGCUGGCCUGGCGGGGCGGCACGGCUGACGGACUGGUGACUGGCGGCUGCAGCGGCGGUGGCCAUGGCCGGCAGCGUCCUGCACACUCUCAUUGAGGUGUCCGAGAACUUCCAGGAACUGAUGAGACUGGCUGCAGCAGAUGGUGUGCUGGAUUCCUGGGGGCUGGAGGUGGUUUUACAGAACGUGGCACUCAAUUUGCACGAAGAUGAUAACUUCCACGGCAAUUUGCUUUUUGGCCUCCAUUCUCUCCUCCUUCUCCUGGCCAGGAAACUUGGUGAGCUAGGCCAUGAGGUUUUGGCAGAAGGCUGUGGAUGUGGUUGGGACACCUCACACUUGCCUGAGUCCCAACACACUGACAUCCACCGCUACACCUCCGGGACAGUGGUACGAUGGGUGAGGGGUGAAUGUUACGUGCUUCUGGCCUCUACAUCCUCCACAUGCACCACCACCACUGUCUCCACUACUACCACUGCUGCUACUGCCACGACCACCACUUCUGUUACUUCCUCCUCUACCACUGACAACCAUGAAGAUCUACUGCCCCACCAGCAUGAGUAUUCUGGUGAUUGUGCCCCAGAGGAUGAAGAAUACCAGGAUACCACACCAGGGGAAGUUGUCUCCCCUGAAGAAGGUGCAGCAGCAAGUGGUGGGGAUGAUGAUCCUUACUGUUACUCCGAAGAGGCAGAAUGUUGCCCAGCCUCUCCAUCACCCCAUGCCAAGGACACCACCAGUCUGGAGCAUUCACAACAAGACUCCAAAAAUAUGCUAGGGAAGUGGUCAGGAUGCCAGGUUCACUCUUGCUUCUCCAAAAAGAGAGAAAAGGAUUUUGAUGAACCACCACAAGGGGAUUGCAAGACUCACUGUGAUCUUGGAGAGGAAGAAGAGGAGCAACAUGUGAUAGAGCGAAAAAAAAGGAGGGUGGAAGACAAUGAAGAGGUUGAGGAAUCAGAAGGGGAAAAAGAAAAAGAACAAAUAGAUACUUGGUCUGAAGAGGAAGAGGAGGAGGAAAAGGAACAGGAAGAGAUGGACGUGAGUUGUGAGGAAGAAGAGGAGGAGGAGGAGGAGGAGGAAAAUAAUGAGAUCAGUGAAAGGGACAGUUGGAGCAAUCAAAGUUCUCAAUUUAGGAGGGAAGUAAAUAUGAGAGAAAGUAAAGGGGGUGAGCUUAAGAGGAAUAAAGGAGAUGAGACUGAUGAUACCACUGUAAAGGACCAUUGUGGCAGCAAAGAUGAAGGAAAAAGUGAGGAACAGUCAUUAAGUGAUAAUAAUGAAGAAAAGGAGGAGGAAGGAGAAGGGAAGGAGGAAGAGAAGGGAGAAAAUUUAAAUGAUAUUUUGAAAAAUAGAAGAGAUACAUGGAGAGGUCUCAAAGACAAUAUGGAUGAGACUAGUAACUGUCCAUUAGGAACAGAGAGUGAGCCUGGUGAGGUGCCUGCAGAGAAUGUGGCAGCUGCAGUGGUGAGUGAGGAGAGUCUAGAUGGAGACAGCAGUUGCACUUUAAUCAUACAUGAAGAGGAGGAUACAAGUUGUAGGGAAGGUGACACUACAGAAAAUUCUGUGAAGGAAACCACUGGAGAAGACAUAUGUAAAAGUUUGAAAGAUUAUUGGAGUCGAGAAGACCCACAUGAAGCUGCAUUAAAGAAUUCUAUUCAAGAUAAGGAAAAUGAGAACAAUACUGUAGAGAGCUGCAGAGAAACAUCUAUUAGAGAAGAAAAUGUAAAGGAAGGUAUGAAAGAAGACAACAGUAGGAAGGAUGACAGCAGUUGGAGAGAAGACAACAUUUUGAAUAGCUGCAGGAGCACUACAGAUUGUCUUUGGAAAGAAGACACAACACAGGCCAGCUGCAAGGAGAACUGGAGAGAAGACUCAAUGGUGAACAGCUACAAAAAUACACAGGAAGACAGCUGGAGAGAAGACUCAACAGUGGACAGCUAUAAGAACACACAAGAAAGUUGGCGGGAAGACACAACAGUAGGUAGCUUUAAGACAAUUCAAGAAGACAGUUGGAGAGAAGAAACAGUUGACAGCUGCAAAAAUUCUCAGAAGGAUAACUGGAGGGAGGAAGUCAUGGCAGAUAGCUUGAACAAUCCUCUACUUCAAAAUCCACAAGAUGUGGGCAACAGCAUGAAACAGUCACUUCUUACCCCUCACAAUUUUCCCCUCCCCCCAAAAGAAAAGUGUACCACAGAUCUCUUUGGUCUGUCAACCCCUACCACACAAUCCACCACCUUUCCCCUUCAGCCGCCUUCCCUCCAUAACCGCUAUGACGAGGAAGAGGAGGUGGAUGAGGAGGAUGAGGAUGAGGAGGAUGAUGACGAUGAUGAUGAAGAGGAGGAAAGCGAUGAUGAUUCAAGUUCUGUUACAUCUAGCUCCACCACCUCAUCUUCCUCAUCAUCCUCUUCCUCUUCCAGUGAUGAUGAUGACAGAAUCAACUUCAAGCAGAGAGUGGAGAGAGCUGCCCAAGCCGCCAGGGAGGCUGAGGCCUCUGCUGCUGCCCGCUUGGCUUCUGCUGUCACCCAAGGGGAUCAAAUGUGCCCUAGUGAAGACCAGCAGGUGCAGAUGACCCGACAGCUAAGUCUUCCACAUCACCUGGAGAACCAUACUCAGCUGAACCCUCAAGAGGAGGAUGGGUCCCAGUCUUCCUCAGAUGAGAUGACCAAUACAGAGGACCCUGGAGGAGGAGGAAAAGGAGAAGAGGGAGGAGGAGGUUCUGGAGUUGGUAGUAAUAUUACUGGCAACUGUGGUAGUGGUGGUAAUACUGAUGGUGGUGCUGGUGUUGGCAUUGGUGUGGCUGUUGGUGGUAGCAGUGGAGAUGCAGCACCUGCUGUAGUGGUGACAGUUACUCCUGCUACUGCUGCACUGGUGUAUGUGGAGCCCUCAGAGCCAACUCCCCUGCCCCUAGUCCCUCCAUGUCCAGAUCCCUGUGAUUCCUCCCUUCACAGCAGCCGUGACCCUGCUGACUUGCAGGCAGCCCAAGGCUUAGCUGACCUCCAAAGAGGCCAGAAUCAAAGCUUGGCAGGAGCUCCAUCUGGUGCUCCCCUCAGCUGCACUGUAGUGGAUCAACUACAACAAAUUCCAUUGGAGGUGCGUCGAGGGGGUGAGGGGAAGGGCCUUGAGUGUGUGGUGUGUGGCAAGGUGUUCAAUAGGCUGCUCAAGCUGAAACAGCACCACCGCACCCACACUGGGGAGAGGCCUUGGGGCUGCACCAGCUGCAGCAAAACCUUCAGCAGGCCAGCCUACCUUCACAACCAUCGCCUCUCCUGUCAUACCCCAGCUCACCAGCAGCAGUUCUCCUGUUAUGUAUGUCAGCGAGGGUUUGGUUUGAAGAGUGCUCUGCAGGCACACCUAGCAACCCACGCCACCAACAAGCCCUUUACCUGUGACAUCUGUGGCCAGACCUUUGCUCUCAAGUUCACUCGAGAUACACACAAAGCCCAGCAUACAGGAAGCCGCCCGUGGGUGUGCAGUGUGUGUGGUCGGUCAUAUAUCACCAAGUACAAGCUACGUGCACAUAUGAAGGCGCACACAGGCGAGCUGGUGUGUUCUUUCUGUGGCCGUCAAUUUACCUCACAGGACUCCUUGGGACGUCACCAGCGGCUGCAUGAAGGCUCAGCUAACAAAGCUUCUCCAGUGCUUCCCACAUGCUCCAUCUGCAACAAGAAAUUUGCAACACCUAGUUUAUUGAAACGACACAUAACAAGCCAUGAACGGCAGAGUGCAGUCAAAUGUGGUGUGUGCUCCCAGGAAUUUGCCAACCACCAGCAGCUGACAGCACAUCAGACUCGCCAACAUCAACCACAUCCACAACAGCAGCAGCAGCAGCAGCGAAACCAAGCUGUUCAUCAGUGCCCAGUAUGCAACAAGGUGUAUGUGCAAGAAGUGUUCCUGACACGUCACAUGACUACCCACACCACUUUCUCUCAGCAGACUACCACUAGUUCUCCUCUCCUUCUCACAAGCACUCACCCCAAAGAAACUGCAGCAGGGGGACAUCUAAGCCCUAACUUAAGCAGUCUACAGCAGUCUGGAGCAUCAUUGUUCCAGCAAAGUCAGCAAGAGCCAUCAGUGGACACAAGACUGGGCAGGCAAGAUGGUUAUUUGACUGCUGCCCAACAUCAGCUGGAAGCUGAGCCCCAGCAGCAUCUCAUACAAGCAUCAGCAAGUGACAGGACUCAAACACAAGUUUUUCUCAACUAUGACACAGAGAUCUUGGAAGAAACUAGUUUCAGUUCUACUCCAACCCAGGAGUGAGGGAGUAGUUGGAAAAGAAACUAGCUACUCAGUACUUCCCAGUAUGGGCAAGGAAUAGUUGCACUUUUUUGUGUGCUGCCCAUAGUGCCAGUGGCGUGGGUGGAUUUUAUUUUAAGUGGCUGCCAAGAUUUGCUUUGGCCCAUGUUGCCCUCUUUUUACCAGAGUUGCUUAAGUUAGGGUUGAUUGAAGAUCUGGACAUAACCAGUCUUCAGGAUCACCACCUACAGUAACUGAUCAUUCAGCUUUCUUCUGAAUAUCACAAAUUCUGCCCCCUUUCACCUGUAGACAGGUGUAUAGCCCCCAUGAGAGCAAAGGAAGAAAGGGGUAAUUAACUUGUUUGUAGUAGGGCUUGUAGAUGCAUAUUACCACCAGAAUUUUAUUUUUUUCUUAACUCGGUGGCAGAAGGGUGCCAGCUAUUUUUCAACACCAAUUUGCCAUAAAAUUUGACAUUGCUAUAGCAGUGUGAGAAGAUAUUAAAGGCAUGUUCAUAUAAUAUAAUUUGUUCAUACUUGGCCAUAAUGAAGCUAUCUUUAUCAUGUUAUAAGAAAGAAACCCUCAUUGCAUAAAUGAUAAUUCUGGAAGUAUGAAUUGUAUAGCAAAGCACCUGUGAUAUUAUCAAGUCAAUGCAGAUUUGAAAAACGGUAAUAUCACAGGUCCUCUGCCAUACUGUUCAUACUUGAAGAAUAAUCAGUUAUGUAAUGUUGUUUUAUUAUCUUAUAGCAUAAUAAAGAUAUCUUUAUUAAGCCCAAGUAUGUACAAAUUAUUUUAUGUGGACGUUUCUUUAAAAUUGUCAUACACUGCUACAGUAAUCAGUCAGAUUCUUUGUGCAUAUUGGUGGUACAAAACUGCUGUCACCCUUCUGCCACUAGAGGUUGAGAAAAUUAAAAUUCUGGUGUUAACAGGCAUUUUCAUGCCCUACUGUUAACAGGCCAAUUAGCAAACAUAUAAAAACAACAACAAAGAAGUUACGAAAUACAGUCCAUGAGUACAUUAAUAUAAACGUAAUCUGCCUUAUAAUUUUUCUCUUAUAUUGUCAGUAUUUUCAUCUUUAGUGUACAAAGUGCACACACUUACAUUGAGGCACUUGAAUGUUUUAUGGUGGCAGACUGCCUGGUGAAUAGGCACUGCUGCUGUCCAGACUUUUACAGUGGGUAGAAAUAACCACUGUAUAUAAUGCCACUGAAUAUAAUCAAUACAAAUAAAUUUGUAUUGAUUAUAUUCAAACCUACUGCAUAAUCUCUACAUACAGAUCUGUAGUAAUAUUUGUAAACAUGUAUAUAUGUAAAUUGGAGUGACAAACUACCAAAUAUUAAAAUGAAUACAUGUUCAGUCUCCAGCCCUCUACACAUAUCUACAAAAUGAUGUUCAAAUGUGUACAUUUGUAAAAACAAUUAUAAUUCUUAAACA